GACGACUCGAGUUGCAGGCGACUGGUGACUCGAGUUGUAGGCGACUGGUGACUCGAGUUGUAGGCGACUGACGACUCGAGUUGCAGGCGACUGGUGACUCGAGUUGUAGGCGACUGGCGACUCGAGUUGCAGUCAACUGGCGACACGAGUUGCAGGCGAUUCGAGUUGCAGGCGAUUCGAGUUGCAGGCGAUUGGCGACACGAGUUGCAGGCGACUGGGGCCUCGAUUUUCAGGCGACUGGCGACAAGUCGCCUUUAACUAUCGACACGAGUAAACCCUCAAGAGGGACGCCGUUUUGCUGCUCCUCCUCCACGGCCGCAUUGAGGACGCUGCGGGGGACGACGAACAUGGCCGACGAUCCGGUAGGAGAGGAGCUCAGCUUGGUGAACGACAACCACCUGCCGGACCUCCUGCGGGAGCUGUGCGAGCUGCGCGAGAAGGGCUCCUUCUGCGACGUGUCGUUGGAGGUGCAGAGCCGGCGCUACCUGGCCCACAAGGCCGUGCUGAGCAGCACCUGCAGAUACUUCCGGAGCCUCUUCCUCGACGUGCCCUGCAGCUCCAUGGGGCCCUUCGUCAUCGACUUCCUGACCAUAAAGCUCUUCCACCAGAUUCUGGAGUUCGUCUACAAGGGGCACAUCAAAGCCGACAAGGUGGAGAUUCGUGACUUGUACAAAGCGGCCAAGGACCUCGGACUUGACUGCUUGGAGGAAAUCUGCCAGCGCAUCGUGCCAUUGGAGUACCUCGAGGAGUGUUCAGACAGCGAGUCUGAGAUCUCGCAAUCUCUUAGUGACGCGGGCGCGCAGGUGUCGGCCUCAGCCGAUGGGUGCGUUGAAGACGGAGCGGCAAUUUCUGCUGAAAACCUUAACGACGUUGACGGUGGAGGUAAAACGAACCCUAAGCACAAAGCCGAAAACUGUGUCACCAAAAAUAAGGGAGAGAAGAGUCGUCAAAGUAAUGAUGCCAGGAGCUCUGACAGUGUCCAGAGCCAUCCCUGCAAUGGCAACAAACCGCAGAAAAGUGUGAAGGCUGGAAAAAAUUCAGAGCAAGAAUUUUGCAUCUCCAAUGUGGAGAGCAUGUCGCGCCGUGCAGGAGAGCGAGCUGUCGCAGAGGCACCGCCAGAUAAACACGACUCUGCUCAAAGGAGAGGAGAUUUCAAUUAUACUCCCGUUGGCAUUUGCGAAGUUAAGAUGGAGCCUCUGGACGAAGAGGCUUUUAUAUUGCCUUCACGCAAGGAAUCGCGCUUGAGUCACGUCGGACUGAAGGCAAACGACAGCGAAAAUGAGAUGGUCCAAUCCUCCGAUGUAAAACACAGAGACCCCAACUCGCCCAUGCUUGGCAUAGAUGGCAGUAGGCACAUGGAGGUAAUCCACGCCAUGCAGAGUUAUUCGAUGGUGGCUGCCGACGGCAAGCUGCGUAACCAGCUGCACGUGAACGACUUUGCGCCACGGUUGCCGGUGGGUGCCACCGACUCGUUUGUAUUGUGCCAGGUGUGCGGUGAAUUCGUUCAGGAGAUGGGGCUGAAGGAUCACGCGGCUGUGCACCUCGACCUGGCGACCAUGGAGUGCAAGGUGUGUGGCGUCGCCUUCGGCUCGUUCGGCGAAGCUGUGGAGCACGUGCUCCUGCACACGGGCAUCACCGCCUCGCCCUGCGAGGGCUGCGGCGAGGUUUUCCUUUCCAAGGACAGCCUCUCGCUGCACGUGAGGGACUGCGGCAAAGGCGAGUCCAAGGACCACCUGGACGACUUCCAGAUGGACGAGUCGGAGGGGCUCGACGGCGGUCCGCCGGAAAGGGUGUUCUGCCAGGUGUGCGGCGUCUCCCUGCCCAGGAAGUUCCUCGCCGUUCGCAAGCACGCCAAGUGCCACGUGGACAGCGAGAAGCGGGAGUGCAGGGUGUGCGGCCGCAAGUGCAACUACCUGAGCAACGUCAUCAAGCACACGCUCAUCCACAUCGGCGUUUGCCUCUUCACGUGCGACAUCUGCGGCAAGAAGUUCCUCAACAGGAACAAUCUGAUGGCCCACCGGCGCAGGGUGUGCCUGAACUCGCGGUGCUACCUGUCGGAGGGCGCCUGGCAGCACAUGGUGGACGAGAACCACCCGCUGGGGGAGCUCGAUCUCUCGCACUCGUCGGCGACGGCGGACGGGCCGGAGGAGGUGCUCGGCACAGACGUGUCCGAGUAGCGACGUCGCGGGGAGGGGAAAAAAAUCGACCGUGGUGAAACCCCUUUCUUCCCUCCAUCGCUGCCUCUGUCCUGCUCUGACAACCUUUCGUCAGCCGCGCCGUUAUUAUUUAACAACAACAAAAACCCAACGGGAGUGAUUCGUAGUUAUUGAAAUGCAAACGUGUGAAUUUCAAUAUUUGUAGUAUUUGGCAUUUGUUGUGGUUUUUAAGUAUUUAUUUGAUUUGAAAUCAGAUAGCCCGGCGCAAGGUUAAUGUUUCGUGUGAUUUAUAGUUUUACGCAAUACGCUCUUGAAGAUCCUCCCACAUGUUACCUUGUUUAUUGUUUGUGAAAUUUGGUUUUUAAAAGUUACAUGUGAUCGUGCUGAAAUGGAAAGUUCAAGUGAUUUGUGAACAUGUAAAAUGUUCACUGCUUCUCAUCACUGUAGUUAAACAAUACGUUUUUUUUUAUAACAGGCGCUACGUUCCUAAUAGAUAAAACAUAUUUUGAAUAAAGUAUUUUAUUUAAAGUACAAAAAACACAAUGAAAAAGUAGAGUUUGUUAUUAAAUAUGCCAGCUUAAGAUAGUGUUUUAUAUAUUUUGGAUUAUAAACUUGAAUGAUAACGUUAAGCCUUCCUUGGUUACAAACAAUGUCCAGUUUACAGAAACAUGUGAGGUCUGUUAUUUAAUACAACAUUUCUCCGCUGUUCAUGAGGCCAGCAGACUUCAACCUCUUGUACACAGGAAGACAUUCAACAUUUUCAUUUUCACAGAAUACUUGUUUUUUUCUGAAUGACACCUGUCAUUGCUAACAAGCAGUUGAUAUUGUUAAGCAAUUAAAAUGUAUUACAUCAGCAGCUCACUUGCUAAAAAAUGCAUCACAAUGCUGUCUGUGCUCAGCGAUUUGUAUAAUUGAAGAAAGUAAAAAAAUGCCUAAUGGGCUUGUAUGUUAAUGCGUGGUAAAAAAAAUAGACUACCAAUUGAAGUGUUUUGUUAAUGUGUGCGGGAUGUCCAUAAAAGUAUUGUUCUGUACAUUAUUAAACAACAACACAUUCGGCGGCAGUUUGCACGAGGCCGAUAAAAACGUAAGCACGGUGUCACAACCGGACUUAAAAUGUUAAAAGUGGUUGGUUGAUGUGUCACUGGGUGAGUCAAGAAGCAGCGGUUCUCAACCGGGGGUAUGCGGAGCCCCCCUCCCUCGGGGUGGAGGGGGCGCGGUACGUGCGAGGUGAUUUAUAAAUGUGUGAAAUUAUAUCGCGAGAGUCAUCGGUGAAUAAUCACGUAUGAAUCUGCCAAUAUAAAAUAACUACGAUGACAUUUAAAUCCUCGUGGUAACCGAGAACGACAUCAAAGAUCUCUUUCUCAGCUCGUCGAUCGUACGCAAUGUGGAGUUUACAAGAGUCGCCGGCGAGUGCGAACAAAUCAUGUCACUCGCGUGCAGGAGGGCGUCCGUCGAAUUGUUUUUAUUCCGCUUGCAUUUACUCGCCUGUUAGGAUACUUUUUCAAAAAUGGACAAUUGGUUAAAAUGUCGACGUUCAUUCUACAUUUAUUUCUCAGAACCUUAAUGGGUCAGGCAAGGGGGUUAUCGGGUGAAACUGAGUUCAACAAGUAGUUGGCCAAAACAGGUUGAAAAUCACUGCCCGAGAGUAGGUUUUAAGAUUCUGACAUUUAAGUCGCCCAAACAAAAUCCAGGAACCCAAAUGGAGCAAAAUAACAUAACACUUGAAAACAACAAUAGUCAAAAGGCCUCAUAAAAAAAACAACUUUCAGAUAGGUGACCUAAUGCUUAACAUUUUUUAUAAGAAGAUAUCCAACGCAAAGAGCAUGGUAUGCUCAAAGCGGAAGGUUUGGUUUCCGCUGGUUACCUUGCUGCUCAUUACCCGUAUAUACAGAGUCCCGUACGCAUAUAUAUUUUUUUCCAGUGUCGCACAAAGGGUAUAUAUAUUUUUCCCCCUUACAAUAGCACAUUUAUAGAGUACGCUUUAUAUAACAGCAGCACACGAGGAGAGCGAUUUUCCCUUACAUUACACAAUGGAAGUGUUUCUCCUUUCGUUAUACGGACUGUUUCUCCCAAUUCCACAAUCUGGACUGUUUUUGUUUUCGUUCCGCACAGUCGGAGAGUAUAGUUUUAUUUUGUCGUGGCAGGGGUCGUCCCCCCCCACCCCCCCCCCUAUGCCGCACCACCACCACCUCAUCACUUUUACGCAGUUACACAUUUAACAGAGACUGACAGCUCAUCCGAGAUGAGUCUUCGUUUCACACGAGUGCCUAGCCCUUGUCCCCCUCCCCCAUCCUUUUCUCUGCACAGUGUCAACUUGCACGCUCUUUUCAAACCUGGACUCAAUAUAUUGGAGCCGCUUUGGCUCGGCCUGAUAAGUCUCGUCCACCACACGUGGACUCUCAUUGGUGCCCUGCCGCCGGACUACUGAAAAGGAUAAAAUAUAUUCGUGUUCCUUUCUUAUACCACCGUACAUACAAUUUUUUUUAUAUUUACUGACUUGCAAGCUUUAAAUGUGAGUUUAAUACCGGUGAGGUGACCUUCUGUCUGGCUUUGCCUUGUUCAGCCCUUGCUUGACAAGAUGCCCACAAAAUGCUUUCGGCCCACGUUGGAAUAUUUUUGCUUCCUACCACUGCGCGCUUUGUCACCCAAGCGUAAUAUAAACCAGAGUUCGCAAUCGGGUAACCGAUACCCGUACCCUACCUGAUACCCGGCUACCCGUACCCAGUCGGCUACGGGUACCCAUUUGCGACCCUGGUGCGGCCGGGUACGGGUAAGGUAUCAAAACCCGUUUGCGACCUCUGAUGUGAACUGAUUGUUAAUACCCAAUCUUACAUUGAAAAACACGUCACCCUCCUGCCCUCUGGAAGGAAGAUUGGGUAAUUCAUCCCCUUUUUUGCCAUUCCAUUUCCCCAUGUUGACUCUAAAUUAGGUGUUUCUAUGACUUGCACUUACCACUUUUGGGAUUAUGUACAGGUUAAAUCACUGUCAGUAGGUCAUAAAAUCCAAUAAGAUUUUCUGCCCAGCAAUCAAUUGUAUUUUAGAAGCUUACCUCAUUUUACACACGUUUCGUCACAGACAUAAGCAACGUUGCCAACAUUUCGAGAAUGCAGUUAAAUCAUGUCUAAAUAUAAUUUUUGUUAACAAUGAUAAUGCAUAAUGAUGUAUAUCGCGUUCAUGGAAAUUACAUCUCACGAUUGAUGAGGAACCACCGUGAAAGGCAGCCAGGCGUUUAUCAGACGUCAACAAUUUUUCAAGGUCUGCAGUACUCUACAUAGUAAGUUGUUGGGUGAUAUCUUUACGGACGCCUUGUAUGCGGUGGGUUUAUUAUUUUUAAAUAUUGAUAUGAAUGUUGAAUUCGUUGCGAGAGUAAAAUAGCGCUGCAAUACACGUGAAAAAAAAAACAUUUAACGUGGUUACAUUUAUUUUUUUCAGCUAGAAACAUGAAGGUACCUUUCCUGCCUUUCAAAUAGCUGGUGAGCUUGACCCUGGUUAACUUUGGAUGUUACUGGGUGCAUUCAUGUUGGAGGCAAAUGGGCUUUAAAUAUUAAUUCAAAUUAUUGUAUACUGUAUCUCAAAAACAGUAGUUACAUGUCAACAAAAGCAUGACAUUUGGCAUGUUUAAUGCGUUACGCUUUACCUAAGGUUUAGUUGCUAUAUAGAGUAGUGGUGGCCAGUACACCAAGCGUUGUGAUCCGUUUUGGUGGAUCUCAACGGAUUCUGCGAUCCACCAGAGCUCCGGCCAACCAUCAUCCAGAUUUAACCCUUUGAUAUACAAAUAACAAAAAAACAUCUAUUUGGUAGAAUACAUUUUUUGAAUGGAUGAAGUUUCAGGGAUUUUUAUUUUGCCAUUGGACGUAACAGAAGAAUAUCUAUGGGACCCAUUUUGCCAGUAUCAAAAUAUUGAAUAAUAAAGACGGUCCUAUAGAUAUAACUGCUAAUCGCAAGCUAUUAAGGCAAUUGGCGUUUGCAUUGUCCGGAUACUGUUCGCCUUUUCGUGGCCUGUGGCCGAGCACUGGUGAGAACAAAGCUAUGCUCUUUGGUUCUUUCGGUAAAGUCACGUCGGUAUAAAAUAAAUUAAAUCACGACGUUUCGGCCGCAACACAAGCGUCUGUCACAACCACAGCAAGAAAUAAACGCAAUUGUCCCACCUGAUGUUUCUUGCUGUGGUUGUCACACCUGAUGACGGAUGCUUGUGUUGCGCCCAAAACGUCGUGAUUUAAUUUGAUACCUACAUGACUUUACCGAAAGAACCAAAGAGUAUGGAUCCCUGCAGUCACGAAAACUUCAAAUCAAAUAAGUUAUGUUAGGAGGCUGUCUCUGGUGUAGGCCAAUCAGGUAAUGCAUACAUUCAUUGUCAAAGUAUAUUGGUUUCCAUUUUUACCACAAGGUAUAUGCGGUAAAUGCAGACUUAAUGCCUUGUAAUAGGUCUCUAUUUGAUGUUUAAACAAUUUUACAGACGUAUGUAUGCCAGAAAGGGUAAAACCUUUUAUUAUGAUUAAUUAAUAUAGUAACAAACAUGUUUGUCGCUUAUGUUAGUGUUCUUAUUUGUCCUGAGAUCCGCGUAUUGACCACCGUUGCCGUAGAGAAAGUAUAUUUAACUUGCAGUUGAUAGUAUUAGGGCAGGGCAAUAAUUUAUUGAGUUGUCGUUUUGUUGAUAUCCCAAUGCAUAUGUGUAGAAGUCGAGGUGUUGAUGCUAUUUUAUGUUGGCACCCUGAUGUUUGAACGAGAGAACCCGGUCAUACACUGAAACGUGCAUCGGCAUGGCAUACAAAAUGGCAUUCAAACGAGAAUUUUAAGUCUGAUGUCUGAUAUAUGGUAUUAUCUUGUCGACUUAACAUGCCUAUCGUAAACCUUUACUUUUUCCGUGUCUCGUUUCAUAACAAAAACCCCAAGGGCUACCAUUGUUUGGAAUUGUGGCUGUCUUUAUUUAACUCCUAGAAUUAAUUCCCAAUUGCUCCCAAUAAAGAUUACUACAACAAUUUACUGGUGUAUGCAGUCAGCUGACUACUGUACUUCGUUAAUUACACUUGCCUCAAGUCUGGGAAGAGUUCGUGUAUGCUUUUUCGAUACUUGGUAAGCUAAUUUGUGGCUGAAAAAUUUUUCAAAAAGGUAUCCGUAUUUCAGUCAUGUUGAUAUAUUUUUAAAA